UACGAUAAGAAAUACAUCUGAAAUGGAAUGAAAUGUCGUAAGAUUAUUUUCAAAAUAGUUGCUUGAUAGCAACCAGCAUUUUAAUUACCUAAUUUAUAUUGUCUUUUAACCUGAAUUUUGAAACAGGACAAUGUCACUUCUUGCAGCUGUCCCAAACGCACAAGAAGCUGUUAUAGCAACCAAUGACGAUGCUACACAGUGCAAGCGAUUCGCCGUAGAAAAGGGCUAUUGGUCCGAUCCGUACGUUUCACAGAUGGUUUCUAGUGCCAUGCAACGGCGCGCCCCAGAAAUCAACCGAGGGUAUUACGCCAGAGUGAGAGCGAUCCAAAUUAUGACUGAACAAUUUAUAAAGCUCACAAAACAAAACUGUCAGAUUGUGAACCUUGGGGCAGGAUUUGAUACGAUGUACUGGAGACUAAGAGAUUCGUCCCUUUUACCAAGACAAUUUGUUGAAGUGGAUUUUCCUACAGUUACGUCCAGAAAGUGUCACAUUAUACAGUCACGAAAAAAACUGUCGGACAAUAUAAACUCUAAAGAUGGUAACUUGUUGGUGAGUAGCAGUGACCUGCACGCCGACGACUACCAUAUCAUCGGCACGGACCUGUGCAAACUCGACAACCUCGACCUCAAGUUGAAGGACUCGAAGGUUGACCGAAGCCUGCCCACGUUGUUUAUCUGUGAGUGCGUCCUGGUGUACAUUGAACCCGAGAAGUGUGAGAAGCUCAUCAGAUGGAUAUCCGACAACUUCCCAACAGCGUUCUUCCUUAAUUACGAACAGGUAAACAUGGGAGACCGAUUUGGCCAGAUAAUGAUAGAGAAUCUCAAGGUGAGGAACUGUUUGUUGCUGGGUAACUCCGCCUGUCAGAGCCUGGACACACAGGCACAAAGGUUUUUGACCCAGGGCUGGGAUGGAGCUGAAGCUACACCUAUGACUACAGUUUAUAGACGAUUACCGGUUGCUGAGAUUGAAAAGAUAGAAAAGCUAGAAUUUCUUGAUGAACUUGAAUUGCUAGAUCAGCUGUUUUGUCACUACUGCUUAUGCUGGGCCUACAAAGACGCGAAUAACAUCGGCCUGUCGAAGAUCAGCCUACACGGAACGCUAAUAGAAUGACGAUGUUUAUUCCCCGUGAAGUCAAGAGACUUGUCAUCACGUGAUGCAUCAAACGUGUGCAGUGUUUAAAGUUCAAGGACGCGACUACCGCCAGCCUGUCAAAGAUCACCCUUUACGGAACGAUAAUCGAAUGAACCUGUUUAGUUCCUGUGAAGUUAAAAACUUGCCAUCACGUGAUGUAUCAAACCCAUAAGCUGUGAUCAGGGUUCACCUUCAAAAAAAUAUUUGAGACCAGUUUGGGGAAUUUUAAUUUCAAAUCACAUUAAUUGUGAAUGCUGGUAAUCCAAAGUGUUUUCAAUUCGCUUCGAGACGAACACACUUGAAGUGUGUUAAUAUGUUAUUGUUAAACUCUUUUAAAAUCAUUCGCACAAAAAAAGACGUGACUGAUGUGUGUUUUUUUCACUGAAAUGUUCUCAGAUUGUUUUGUAUAUUACUAAAGUGGUUUCACAUUG